AGCGGCAGGCCAAGCAGGCGGUGGCGGAGGCUCCCGCAGCGGUCGCCGUCGUGGGGUGGGGACCUACCCUUCGCCCCUCGGACCCGAUCCUUUCAGCGCUUUGCUGCCGCGCCAGCCUACCUCGCUCCUCGGCGCUAUGACCACCACCACCACCUUCAAGGGCGUCGACCCGAACAGCAGGAACAGCUCUCGGGUGCUGCGGCCCCCGGGCGGCGGGUCCAACUUCUCGCUGGGCUUCGACGAGCCCACGGAGCAGCCCGCGAGGAAGAACAAAAUGGCCUCCAGCAUCUUCGGGCCGCCCGAGGACAACCCCCCGUCGUGGGCCAAGGCGGCAGGUGCCAAGGCCAGCGGCGGCAGGGAAGACUCGGAGCCCGCCGGACCCCAGAGAAGGAACUCUUCCGAGGCCAACUCCGGGGACUUCUUCGAUCUGAAGGGAGAAGGUGACAUUCAUGAAAACGUGGACACAGACUUGCAGGCCAGCCUGGGGCAGAGCGAGGAGAAGCCCGUGCCCGCCGCCCCUGUGCCCAGCCCGGUGGCGCCGGCCCCGGUGCCGUCCCGAAGGAACCCCCCCGGGGGCAAGUCCAGCCUGGUCCUGGGCUAGCUCCGGCCGCCGGCCGCCGCCGUUCCGUUCGUUUCCUCCAUGCUUGUGAACUGCACAACUCGAGCCUGACUGUACGUCUUUCGGAUUUGUUUCAUUAAAAAAGAAGCACUUUAUGUACUGCUGUCUUUUUUUUUUUUUCCCCCUUUUCCUUUUGAAGAACAGGUUCUCUGAUCUGUCCUGAUCGCGCUGGGUCUGUAGGCCAUGGCAUGGUGUUCUCUAGUGGUAGGUUGGAGGGAAGCUUUGUGGCCCUUAGUAUUGUGUUUCUCAGAACGAGUAAUUUGGCUCCCAAUCUGUCAGAGGAUCUUCUGUACUGAGGUUCUUAAACCCCUUUUCCUGUCAGCUUUGCUUGGGUUCACCAAACCUGUGGACAGGCCAGUGGACGGGCCACACACAGGCAGCGCCCCUACGGGCCCCAACACAGGGCUGUCUCCACGGGGCAGCGCCCUCUCGGCGUGGCCCUGACGGUCAGCGCCCUCUGCUGAAAGCGUCCUCCUGUGCCGUGCGGAACCACAGAGAGGCCUGCGCCUCAUGCCGUGCUGCCUGCAAAGCAAAGAAACUGCCUUCUCUUUCCGAACCUUAAGAAGCAAGCCAGGUACGAACGUGACCGGCCCAGGAGCCAAGGCUCCUGCUCUCGAGAGGAGGAGCUGACUGAUUCCAGGCGGUGACCGCACAGGGUGGGGGGGGGGGGUCUUCGUCUUCACCAGACCCCGCCGGGGCGGCCGUGCUCGGAGGGGACCUGCAGCUGUGUGCAUGACGCUGGUGCUUGCCCCUGGAACGAAAAGCCUCAUCCUCAGAACAUGUGUUGUCCUUCACAAUCCCGGACUGUUGCUCAAAGUAAACAAUGUACGCAUUU